AUGUCAUCAACAGAAAAAAAACCACGUUUAGUAUCAGUUAAUCCAAUAUUAACUGAUAAUGAUUUAAUCAAACGUUUUCGAGAUGCUUAUACAAGUCGAUUACCAAUUCAUGAAAAAGGUUUAUUGGAACAUGAACCAUUUUCAUAUUGUAUUAUCGAUGAUUUUGUUCUCGAUAAAAAUGUUGAUCAAUUUUGUAGUCAAUUAAUCAAUGAAUUAAGUAAUAUCAAGAUGAAUCAAAAAAAUAAUGAUUUAUAUAAAUUUCAACAGUCCGAUGAUUUAACCAAUGUAACAUUGCCUGCUAUUGAACAGAUCAAGCAAUUUGUCUAUGUAGAUUUCAAAGAUUGGCUUGCACAAACAACUGAUAUUCGUUUCAGUGAUAAAAUUGAUAUGACAUGUUCAAAAUAUGACUACACAGAUUAUCUUUUAUGUCAUGAUGAUGAUAUACAUGGAACAAUCGAAGGUCGUCGUGUUGCUUUUAUAUAUUAUCUUGUACCUGAUGAUUGGAAAGAAACAGAUGGUGGAGCACUAGAUCUAUUUGAUACUGAUGAAGAAAAUCAACCACGUAAUAUAGCGAAAUCAUUAUUACCAAAACGAAAUCGAUUGGCCUUCUUUGAAGUUACUGAUAAAUCUUAUCAUCAGGUAGCAGAAGUUUUGAAUGACAAACAAGGAGCUCGUUUAUCGGUUAAUGGUUGGCUGCAUGGUCCUAUCAAUCCACGAGCAGUACCUGUUUUUGAACCAUUACCUGCCACGAAACCAGCAACGAAAUUUCAACAGUCUGAUGUAGAAUUGUUAGAUCGUGUGAAUCAAACGAUAUCACCCAUAUAUCUCAAAGUUGAAACUCAAUAUGAUGUUCAAAUGGCAUUUCAAGAAAAUUCCGAAACAAAAUUAUCUGAAUUUUUUCAAAAAGAUUAUUUGCAAUCAAUGGUCAAUGAAUUAAAAAGUGAUACAAUCAAAUGGAUACGACGUGGACCUUAUAAUAAAAGGAAUUAUGAUAUUGCUGAUGUCACUGCUUUACCAUCAGCACUAAAAAAUCUUAUUGAACUUUUUGGUUCUGAACCAAUGUUUACUAUUCUUGGGUCACUUACGGGUUUGACAUCAGAAAAUGAUGACGAUGAAGAAACAGAAUAUGAACCUUCACCUAAGAAAACAAAAUCAAAUCCUACUACUGAAGCUGCUUCGUCAACGAAUUCUUCUCGAUCUGUACCACGAUGGCACUUUGAAUUACGAAGAUGGAAACAUACAUAUUAUAGUUUAUCAUUUGAUACGGAUAAUAAUGAAGAAAAUAAUGUUGAUGAUGGUAAUGAUAAUGCAGAAAAAGAUGGAACACUUGAUGUUAUGAUCUUCUUUAAUUAUCAUUCAGAUGAGACUGAUGAUACAGUUGGUGGUGGUGAUGUUGUAUACACCAUUAAAAAUGAAGAUGAAACAUUAUUACGUGUCAUACCCGAUAAUAAUAGUCUCAAUUUAAUCUAUCGUGAAGAUGAUAAUGUACUCAAAUUCAAUAAAUAUAUCAAUCAUCGACAAGCAAAUAAUAUCUUCUAUGAAUUUUGUGCAUGUUAUCUUGAUUUAGAUAAACUUAAAAUAGAUUAA